GCUGGCCCGGCAGGCAUUGCGCGGGCAAUAUGGCGGCGCCCGGCGAGCGGGGGCGCUUCUACGGCGGGAACCUCUUCUCGUUUCUGCCCGGCGGCGCGCGCUCCGAGGUGAUGGACGACCUAGUGACGGACGCGCGCGGCCGGGGCGCGGGGCGGAGAGAUGCCGCUGCCUCGGCCCCGACGCCAGCCCCGCCGCCGACCUCCGAUUCUCAGGUCGCCGAGGAGGACACGUCCCGGAGGCGGCCCUGCCGGGCCUGCGUGGACUUCAAGACGUGGAUGCGGACGCAGCAGAAGCGGGACAGCAAGUUUAGGGAAGAUUGCCCUCCCGAUCGCGAGGAACUGGGCCGCCACAGCUGGGCUGUCCUCCACACCCUGGCCGCCUACUACCCCGAUCUGCCGACCCCAGAACAGCAGCAAGACAUGGCUCAGUUCAUACAUUUAUUUUCCAAGUUUUACCCGUGUGAGGAGUGUGCCGAAGACAUAAGGAAGAGGCCAAGCUGCCCGGGGCUGCUGCUUUCUACAGCCAGAGGCGCCUGGCCAGGCUUCUCUUACAAAGUCCCUUGCUCAGCACUGGAGGCCCCGGGCAGGUUAAGGAGUCCACUUUGCCUGACUUCUGGAGCAGGACUGCUGAUCUCGAGACCUUGAGAAUCCACUGCUUUUGCUUUCUUAAGAGUUCCUUUUUCCUCAAUGGGGGGCCCAAGAGCUGUUGUUUGGCACCCAGGAGGUGUUUCUGGGCUGAAUGUGGGGGCCAGGGCAGCCCUGUGAACCCUGGGCAGUUGGGACAGGUCCCUUGCUAAGCUGAUGCACUGGAGCCCCAGGUGCUAGAAACAGGUUUGGUUUUCAGUUAUGCCUUUGUGCUGGCCCCACCCCUUCCACACACUGCCUGGGGCCAGGGAUGCUCGGGGAGACUUCUUGAUUGUUAUGAGGUUGUAAAGUUGCCUGGUUUGUGCCUUAAUGUCUUGCUCUGAGCUGUUGUCAGGGUUUGCCAAGCUCCUCAGGAAGGGGGCCCGAGCUGGCCGAGGAGCCCGUCACUGUUGGACACUGCAGGAUCAGCCCUGUUCUGGGAGCUCCUGUGUCUCAGCACAAGGGCACGCUGGGUGUAGCUGACAGCAGCACCCCAGCUUUCCUCCCUGGAUGGAGCAGGCAAGGAGCUGGAGGGGCAGGGGCAGCGGGGCCACCGCCCGUCCCCAUCCUCUACGUGAUUCCGCCACACAGGAUAUGCAGGAACCAGCCAGACACACGCACCCGGGCGUGCUUCACCCAGUGGCUGUGCCGCCUGCACAAUGAAGUGAACCGCAAGCUAGGCAAG